AUGGAAGGCAAGAUAGGCGCAGCGGCGGUCCUCUACCAAGACGGCCGUCGAGUCAAAGCAAUCCGUCAUCUGCUUGGCAAAGACAUGGAGCACACGGUGCACGAGGGAGAACUAGUGGGUAUAGCACUAGGCCUUCACCUCGCCAAGGAAGCGCGAGGACCCAUUGCGAGGAUCAACAUCAGUCUGGACAACCAAGUGGCAAUCCAGAGUGUGGCACAAUGUAGCGCCAAGGCUGGGCAGCACAUAAAUGCCACCGUCCGAAGAGAGAUUACAGCCCUAAGAGCCGAACAGGAAAGGAGAGAGCUAGCAGAGUCAAGUGACGACGCGCUAAGCGAUAGAGUCACCUCGCGAAUGGAACUCAUGUGGUUACCAGGUCACGAAGCAGCGGAAGGAAACGAAGCAGCGGACAAAGAAGCAAAAAAGGCAAUCACGGAAGGCACAAGCAGCCGUGACGACCUCCCAGGUUGGCUACGACACUCUCUCCCGGCAAACCUAUCGGCAGUAAAGCAAGAACUCAAGAGGAUAACGAAGACAGAAGCGCGAGACAGACGGAGGGAAUCCAGGAGAUUCAAGCGAGCAGCCAAGAUCGACGAGACCAUGCCAUCGGGAAAAUACCUGGCACUCACGGACGGACUCACCAGGAGAGAAGCAGCGUUGUUAACUCAGCUACUUACAGGUCACACAUGUCUCAAUGGUCAUGUGAAUCGCAUCAACAGAGCAGAGACGCCAUGGUGCCCGCACUGUGGCGAAAGGAAUUACGAAACCCUGACGCAUGUGCUCUACAUAUGCCCCAAGUACCUUUAA